GGUAUUUUUGGAAGAAAUUCAAGGAUUAUUGGCAGUAUUCCUGCCUCUAUAAAAGAUUUUCCUUUUAUCGUAUCAAUUAGGGUCGCAUCGAGUAAUCAAUUCCUUUGCGCUGGUUCAAUUAUCAGUCAUUGGAAUAUCCUUACGUCUGCUCAGGGUCUAUAUAAUUAUAAUUAUUCUGAUAUAGCAAUAUAUGCAGGUAUAAAGAGUUCAAAGAACACUGAUGGAACAAAAUUUCAAAUUGCGAAUGUGACAUUUCAUCCUAAAUUUAAGGAAUUAAUGAAGUUAACUUUAAUAUAUAAUUAUGAUAUUGCGAUUAUAAAGGUUGAUAAACGUAUUGAGUAUAAUUUAUUUCAAAGAAAUAUAAAUCUCCCAACUAAAGAUAUUUCUACCGGCAAUCUUGCUGUUAUUGCUGGUUGGGGAACAACAAUUUAUCCAAAUGGUAAUAUUUCUGAUGAGCUUCGGAAAUCGCCAAUGAUCAUAUUUCACAAUGUUCAUUGCACGUUCAAACUUCAGGCAAUACUUAAUGAUGAUCAAUUGUGUGCAUAUAAUGAGAUAGGAGUGGGGGCGUGUACAGGCGACAGCGGUGGCCCAGUAAUUCAUGAUAACAAAAUAAUUGGCAUUAUAUCUUUGACUUAUGGUUGCGCCUUAGGUUUGCCCGACAUACAUACCAAAGUUUAUACAUAUCUCAAUUUUAUAAAAGAUAUUAUAGAAAAUUAAUAAUUGCGUAUAAAAUUUAUUUAUAAUG